GUGCACGCACAAAAAGAAGACUUUCCAUUCGCAAAUGCAAUUCCCAUCUUUCCUUCCCUCUCUCUUCGAGGGGGAUUCCCUUCUUUCAAUUCCCAUUCCAUAAACAAACCCUAACAAUCCCCUUUUAAUUCUUCGCCUCCUCAGAACCCCUACUUUGUUUGUCGCAGCUUAAACACUGUUGGUUUCUUCAUUUCUUCGAUUUCUAGGGUUUCCUUAUAGUUUCAUUCUGUAAAUAUGGAGAGAUCUGAUUCCAGAGACUUGACUCAGACUUCCUCAGGUAGUACUCUAUUUGAUGCUUCACAAUAUGAAUUUUUUGGUAAAAAUUCCGUGGAGGAGGUGGAGUUGGGAGGGUUGGAAGAUGUUGGAGAGGUUGCUUCUGUAUUUGGGUCUUCUAACGAUGAUGAAUACCGUUUAUUUGACAGGGGAGAGGGUGUAGGUUUAGGAUCCUUAUCUGACAUGGAUGAUUUAGCAACUACUUUUGCAAAGUUGAAUAGGGUUGUCACAGGACCAAGAAAUCCAGGAGUUAUUGGUGAUAGAUCUGGUUCAUUUUCAAGGGAAAGUUCAUCCGCAGCAGACUGGGCACAAGAUGGAGAAUUUCCUGGCUGGUUGGAUCACAAUAUGUUUGAUACUGAAGAUUUGCAGGAGGGCAAGAGAUGGUCAUCACAACCACAACCACUUUCUGCUUGUAUUGCAGAAUCAAAGCCUUUGUACAGGACUUCAUCAUAUCCACAGCAGCCACUGCAGCAGCAUCACUUUUCUAGUGAACCCAUUCUUGUACCGAAAUCAACUUUCACUUCAUUCCCUCCUCCUGGUAGCAGAACCGAACAGACUUCAUCAGGCCACAUGAAAAUUCCUGCUCUUACUGAUGGAUCUCAGUUGGCCCUCUCUGCACCAAACCUUUCUCCAUUGUCGAGCUCCAGUCUUCAUCUGGCUGGUCUAUCUCAUGGACUGCAUUAUGGUGGAAGUAUGUCACAGUUAACAUCUCCUGGCCUCUCUUUUAGUAGCAAGUCACAGAAUCACUGGGUUAACCAGUCUGGUCUAUUACAUGGAGAUCAUGCUGGUCUCUUACACAAUAUGUUGCAACAGCAAUUAUGUCAUCAGAAUGGCCUAAUGGCCUCUCAGUUAAUGUCACCACAGCAGCAGUUGCACCAACAGAGAUUGCAGCAGCAUCCCAUUCCGCCCUCUCUGGCCCAUUUUGCAGCACUGCAAUCCCAACUCUAUAGUGCCCAUUCUCCAUCACUUAAAAUGAUGCUUGGUCUGGCUGAUGUUAGGGAUCAAAGAACUAAAUCAUCCCAAAGAAGCAGGCAGAACAUUCGUUUUUCUCAGCAAAGCUCUGAUACUGGAAGCCAUAAAAGUGAGAGUGGGUCAGUGCAGUUCAGAUCAAAGUAUAUGACUUCUGAAGAGAUUGAGAGUAUUCUGAAGAUGCAGCAUAAUGCCACGCAUGGCAAUGAUCCUUAUGUAGAUGAUUACUAUCACCAAGCUCGCCUUGCCAAAAACUCAUCUGGAUCAAGGGUUAAACUCCAUUUCUGCCCAUCUCACCUGAAAGAUCUCCCUUCUCGAUCCCGUAACAGUGGAGACCAGCACUUGCAUGCCGAUGCACUUGGAAAGAUUCCCCUCUCUGCUGUUCGUACCCCUCGUCCUCUACUUGAAGACUCUCUUGUAGGUUCAGGGGAUGGAGGUCCUGAACAGAAUGUUGAGAAGCCUUUGGAGCAUGAGCCAAUGCUUGCAGCUAGAAUCACUAUUGAAGAUGGCCUUGGAGUUCUUCUGGAUGUAGAUGACAUUGAUCGGCUUUUACAAUUUAGUCAACCCCAAGAUGGUGGGGCUCAGCUGACACGGAGGCGGCAAAUCCUGCUUGAAGGCUUGGCAGCAUCACUUAAACUUGUUGAUCCGCUUGGCAAAAGUGGUCACACAGUUGGCUUGUCUCCCAAGGAUGAUAUUGUGUUCCUAAGGUUGGCCUCAAUUCCUAAGGGCCGUAAGCUCCUGUCCAGGUUUCUACAGCUUCUAAUCCCUGGAAAUGAGCUUGUUCGGAUAGUCUGUAUGGCUAUUUUCCGUCACUUGAGAUUUUUGUUUGGAGGUCUUCCCUCUGAUCCGGAUGCAGCUUUGACUACAGUUAAUUUUGCAAAGACAGUUUCGAUGUGUGUUAAUGGCAUGGAUCUUCGUGCACUCAGUGCUUGUCUUGUUGCAGUUGUUUGUUCUUCAGAGCAGCCACCACUCCGACCCCUUGGAUGCCCAUCAGGUGAUGGUGCCUCUGUUAUUCUAAAAUCAGUUCUUGAAAGGGCAGCUCAACUGACAAGUCAUCCUUCAAGUUAUAGCAGACCUAAUUAUGCUCUCUGGAGGGCUUCAUUUGAUGAAUUUUUUGCUCUGCUUACCAAGUAUUGCCUGAGUAAAUAUGACACUAUCAUGCAAUCAAUACAUAGCCAGACCCAGUCAACCACAGAUGUUAUUGGUUCAGAGGCUAUAAGGCGGGAAAUGCCUUGUGAGCUUUUACGUGCAAGUCUUCCACACACUAAUGAAGCCCAGCGUAAGCUUUUAAUGGACUUUUCACAGUGGACUGUGCCCAUGACUGGCACCAAUGCUCGUGGUGGGAGUACCAGCCAAAUAAACUCGGAAUCAGUUAGGGGCUAAUGAUGGCUGAGAAGGUACCGUGUAAGAUAUCUUGAUAUCUUGAGCACUGUAAUUGGAUGAAAUGUUGCAUGGGAAUGUGGAAGGAAUCAGGGUUUGCUUUAGAUGUCUGGUUUAAGGGGGUCAAUAUUUUCUGUUUAUACCCCCUCCAUAGGGUUCCUGUGCUCCCUCUGCCUCGCCAAACUCUUUCAUUUUUAUUUUUUUUAUUAUUAUUCUUUCCUUGCCUUCUGCUUCCUCUUAUAAAAAAAACCCAAAAAAUUGGGAACUUGGAACUUUUAGUAAUGCAUAAAUGUGUAAUAUGAUGGGAGUUUGUAACUGGGAGUAAUCUUCUGGGGAGCUUUAUUUUGGUGCUCUGCAUUGAGACUCCAAACACUACUUGAUCAAUAGUGGGGUUAGAAUGUACAGUGGAACCUUCGGAACUCCAUAAUUUGCUUCUGUUUCAUAUCUUUGUUUAGAGGGAACUUGAUUAUGCCCAAGUUAUUUUAGGGAAAGGGAGGUUUUAUUUAUUCUGGGGGCGCUAACAGGUAUUUCCAGGACCUUUUCUGAGUAUUCAGGCCUGUUCUAUAAUGUAAUAAUUUUUAGAAGUUACAGACAUUGUGUAGAUGUUG